AUGCUGUACCUAGUGGCCUUGGUGGCCUUCAGCGGUUUAGCCUUUGCGGGCUGGCUGGCGGCCUGGGUGCUGGCGAAGGAUGAAGGCGAUGAGAAGAUGCGACAAGUGUCAGACGCCAUUCGCGAAGGUGCCGCGGGCUUCCUGUCCACGCAAUACGCCAGCAUCUUCAAGUUGGCGGUGGUGGUGCUCAUCGGAAUCUUCUUGAUGUACAUCGUCCGCGAGCCCCCGAAGAAUCUCUCCCAAGUGCCCUCCUCACGGCUGGCGGUCUGUGUGGCCGUAUCCUUCGCCACAGGUUCGGUUCUCAGCGGCAUUGCUGGCUAUGUUGGAAUGUGGGUGGCGGUCCGCUCCAACAUCCGCGUGGCCAGUGCGGCGUGUCGCAGCUUUCAGGAGGCCAUUGCGGUGGGGCUGCGGGCGGGCGCCUUCAGUGGGGUUCUGGUGGUGUCUAUGGUCCUCUUGGGCAUCAUCGGCUUACUCUUCGGUGUCCGUUUGUUCGUCCCGGCAGCGCUGCAUCAACUGCCCUUUCUGCUGGUGGGCUACGGCUUUGGCGCGUCCUUUGUGGCGCUCUUUGCGCAGCCGCCCGGAGAGCGGUGGAACGGGGGGGUGCAGAGAAGUGAGGUGAGGGACUGGGUGAAAAGGCUGGGAGGUGGCAUCUACACCAAGGCUGCGGAUGUUGGUGCCGACAUGGUCGGUAGCUUGGCUGGAAAGGGGGACCUUGGAGAGGCCCCUGGAGGAAAGGUGGAGUCUGACAUCCCCGAGGACGACCCCCGGAACCCCGCGGUGAUCGCGGACCUGGUGGGGGACAACGUGGGGGACUGCGCGGGCCGCGGCGCGGAUCUCUUCGAGUCCAUCGCGGGGGAGAUCCUGGCGGCCAUGAUUUUGGGCGGGACCUUGUCGCAGAAGUUGCCUGCAGAUGCCGCAAAUGGCUAUGUCUUGUUCCCCUUGGCCAUUCAUGCGAUGGAUCUCAUUGUGAGUGGUGUGGGGAUCAUGAUGACCGAAGCUCCCAAGGGCAAAGGCAGCAAGAACAUCGACCCAAUGGAGGUCUUAAAGAGCGGAUACAAGGUGUCUGUGGGCUUGGCAGCCGUUGGCAUCGUGGUGCUUUGCAGAUUGCUCCUGUACACAGAGAGUCACCCAACUGCCUGGAUGUACUUCUCGGUCUGCGGCUUAGUCGGCCUGGGCACCGCCUUUCUCUUCAUUUUGGUGACACAGUACUACACAGACUUCAACUAUCCACCCGUGCGGCUGAUCGCCCAAGCUUCACUCACUGGACAUGGCACCAAUGUCAUCGCCGGCAUGUCGGUGGGAAUGCGUGCCACGGCCGCGCCAGCGGCCAUCAUUUGCAUCGCAUUGCUGUGCUCCUACAAGACAGGGAUGGCAGCCUUUGGUGGUUUGCCUUCAGCGGGUCUCUUUGGCACCGCCGUGGCCACCAUGGGAAUGCUGUCCACCGUGGUCUUCGUGUUGGCCAUGGACGUCUUCGGUCCCAUCACCGACAACGCCGGGGGAAUCGUAGAGAUGAGCGAACAACCGGAGAGCGUUCGCGAUAUCACGGACUCCCUUGAUGCGGUGGGCAACACCACCAAGGCCAUCACCAAGGGCUUCUCGGUGGGUUCAGCCAGCUUGGCAUGUUUCCUCCUCUUCUCCGCCUUUUUGGAUGAGGUGCAGGAGCUCGCGGGCCAGAAAGUGGAUGGGGUGGACAUCUCGGUUCCAGAAGUCUUUUUGGGCGGCAUCGCAGGGGCCACCCUGGUCUUCUACUUUAGUGGCCAGUGCAUGACAGCAGUCGGUUCUGCCGCCCAAGAAGUGGUGAAUAACGUCCGCACUCAGUUUCGCGAGAGACCAGGCAUCAUGGACGGCUCGCAGAAGCCGGACUAUGCGUCCUGCGUGUCCAUUGUGACCCAAGCGGCUUUGCGGGAGAUGGUUGCACCAGGCAUUGUUGCGACCACGGUUCCCUUGUGCGUGGGCUUCUUCUUUCGACUGACCUCAAGCAGUAACGACAAGUUGAUCGGUGCCAAGGCCAUCGCCAGCUUUUUGAUGUUCGCCACCUCUUCGGGCGUUUUGUUCGCGAUCUUUCUGAACACUGCUGGUGGAGCAUGGGACAACGCCAAGAAAUACAUCGAACAAGGUGUUCACGGAGGAAAAGGUAGCGCCGCCCACAAGGCAGCAGUGACUGGAGAUACAGUGGGUGAUCCGAGACUCGGUGGAGCGCUGGAUGAUCGGAGGCUAAGUGAGUGUGUCCCGAAUUUCCUGCACAGUCUUGAUCAAGCUGCUUUCGACCAUCACAUUGGUUUGUUCCCCACUCUUUGUGGCGAACUGACCGGUGGCCAGUUGACCGCCAGGGUUGCAUCGCGCGCCCUCCGGGAGGAGAUGAAGGUUCCGCAGGUGCCACCUCCACCAGUGAUGGAGGUGCCGCCGGAACUGCCAGGGCUGCCAGAGGAAUUGCCCUCGCCAAAAGGAGGCCGGACGGCAGAUGCGGCUCCGCUGACAAGCAUUUCCUGCUCGGUGGAAUCGAUGAAACAUAUCAUGGAGGUACCAGGCCGCCUGGUGAAAUUUCGUUCGACGUGA